AUGUCUCUCAGUAACUACUGGCUGUUCCUCGACUACCACCUGAACCCGCUGCCGGAGUUCUUCGCCCGCGGUCUCCGCGUCACGCUGUCGACCGAUGAUCCACUUCAGUUCCACUACACCAAGGAACCCCUAAUGGAAGAAUACAGCAUCGCAGCGCAAGCGUGGAAACUCUCCUCGUGCGAUAUGUGCGAGUUGGCUCGCAACUCCGUCAUCAUGUCCGGGUUCCCGCACGAACAGAAACAAAUCUGGCUGGGACCAGAUUAUAUACUAGACGGGCCCGCCGGCAACGAUAUUACUAGGACGAACGUGCCUAACGUGCGGCUGGCGUAUAGGAGGGAAGCGCUGCGGGCCGAGCUGGAUAUACUCAGGGCAAGUUAGUAGGUUAGAAAAAUACCUUACAACUGCGAUA